CUCUGGGCGGUAAAAGAAUGGGGAGAGCACCAUGUUGUGAGAAAGUGGGGUUGAAAAAGGGAAGAUGGACAGAGCAAGAAGAUGAGAUCUUGAGGAAGUACAUUCAAGCCAGUGGAGAAGGAUGCUGGAGGUCACUGCCCAAAAAUGCUGGUUUGUUAAGGUGUGGGAAGAGUUGCAGACUGAGAUGGAUUAACUACCUGAGAGAUGACUUGAAGAGAGGCAACAUAACUGCUGAAGAGGAAGAUACCAUCGUGAAGUUGCAUAGUUCUUGGGGUAACAGGUGGUCUUUGAUAGCUGGUCAUUUGCCUGGAAGAACAGAUAAUGAGAUAAAGAACUACUGGAACUCUCACUUGAGCAGGAGAAUCAUCAGCUUCACCAGGCCCAGUGCUGAAUCCAUACCCUCCUCCCCACCCAUGGUCAAGACAGAUGGCUCAAACAAACAAAAGGGCAAGCGAAAAAGCCGAUCAAGGUUCAGCACCAGCAAAAAGACUGCGCCCUCCAUCGUUGAAAUGCCACUCAGGAAGCCAGGAAUUGGUGCAGUGAGUGAGGUGCUUGCCAAAGAAAAAGGAACCAUACUUAGUACCAUUACUGGGAAAGUUGAGGAAACGGGUGAAAAAAUGAGUUUGGAGUCUUUAGACUCAAAUGAAGGAGGGGACAGAAGAAGCCAGCUUGGUGUGCAAGGCUCUUGUAUGGAAAGCGGGGUAAGCAUAACGGAUCAAUUUGAGGAGACACAAAGUGUAGCACUGUCUGCAGGUGAAGUUACUACAAGCAAUGCCGGGUUGUAUCCAAAUGAGGAGAGAAAAACAGGAGUGUUGGGACCAUUUGAAGAGCAAGGUAGUGAAAUAAUGUGCCUUGAUAACUUUCUGGAAGGUGGGGUUAUGGAUCCAAAUGGGGCUAUGACCCCUAAAGAGAAGAGACAGAAUGUCACUAUUAGUAAGGAGAUAGAAAGCCUUGAAAUGGACCCAGAGAAGGUAAGAGCUAGUGAGGGAAGUGAAAGUGGUAAUUGGAGCUCAAAUGCAGAGAUUGGGGAGUGGUUUACUCCUUCAUCAAUGAAUUCAGGCUUGAACUUUGAGUGUGUAGGUUGGGAGUGGGAGAAUGGUGUUGAAAGCUAUGAGCUUUGGGAUGGAGGGUUGGACAUGUUAUCUUGGUUUUGGGGGAGUGGUAUUUAAGUGUCCUUUUUUUGAAGUAUUUAAUGGGGGUGCAAGGCACUAGGAUUAGGCUGAUGAAAUAAUUAAGUUAGAAAUGAGGCUAGCUAUGGUAUAAUUACUCCAUCUAUAUAUACAGGGAGGAGAUUGUUAGAGUUUGCCCAAGAAAACAAAUGUUAUUUUCUGAAACAUUUAUCAUAUAUUAAUAAUGAAAUUUAUUUGCAUGUUACUAUUUU